AUUGCUGAGUGUACAAGACGAGGCUUACGAGAUUCCAACGGUGAAAGCAGUAUUGGCUCUACACGAUAACUAUGAAUUCGACGUGAAGACGAAGGAGACGGUCACGUCUGAGGAACGCGAGGAGGAAUCGGCUCUUCUCGACAAGAUUCUAGAUACAGACGUGAUGAAGGCGACCAUGAAGUUCCUCGCUGACAAAGGUUUCAUCGAGGAUGAUAAAUACGAGUUCAAGGAUACCAUGAAACGUAUAUGGUUCUCUCAGUUCAAGCGUAUCGAUGGGGACGCUUCUAGUUCCGGGUUUGAAACAGUGUUCCUGGCUGAGAAAUUCGAUUCUGAUAUAAUUGGACUGCACAAUUGGAUCUAUUUCGCGAAGCAAGAGGCCGAGAAGAAGCUCAAUUAUCUUGGCUACAUCAAGGAGGUCAAGCUGGGUGAUAAAGCAGCAGUUGUGAAAGUACGCUUGACGUUGGAUGGAAUAGUGCAACCUGUUACGACCGUUUUUGUCGGUACAUCGCCAGAAGUGGAGUUCGCGUUAUAUACCAUGUGUUUCUUCGCUCGUCCCAAUAACGUCUGUCCAGUUUCCAUGGGUGGAAUCGAGUUCAUGAUCUAUGUGAGCAGAGUGAACUACUUUGGAAAGGAUAUCUUGAUCUCAGGCUAUCCUGACAUUUAAUUUUAAACGAGAUCGAAAUUCUCUAACACAAUUAUUAACAGCUUGUGCAAUUCUUCUGAGAUGGUUGGUUGCAUGAUUUGAAUAAAUAUAUACAAGAGCAAGAUCUGAAUUCUUUUAAGCAAAUGAAUUUAUAAAUAAUAAGUAUUUUUGUUUUAUAAAAUAUGUGUUGGCUACCUGGACGAUCUUUUUAUACCGUUUUUCCGAAUCUGUUAGUUCUAAUAAAGGCACUAUGGAUGGUCUGCCAUGAGCACAUUGAGUAGGAAUUUUUGUCUGGCUUAAUAAUUUCAAG